GAAUUAUUAGUCGACUUAGAAGUCUUCAGUUGUACGAGCUUGGAACACCGGCUCCUAUCUCGAGUCUUAAAUGGUGACAGGCUCAGUGCAAAUUAAUAAGCCAGAGGUGAUUUUAUACGAGUUGAAGCUGUUUUACAACAACUUGGUAGUUUUUCUCACUUCUUUUUUUCCCCGCAAUGCCUCGUAUAGAGCGAGAAAGUAACAAAGUUCGCCUGGUGAUGUUGGGAGCAGCCGGGGUCGGAAAGAGCGCGCUCAUCGAGCGGUUUCUGCACGACCACUUUGAAAGCAAAUACACGCGCACCGUGGAAGAAUUCCACGCGCUCCAGUACGAAUCCGCCGACUCGGGAGAGGUGCGCCUCGAGAUUCUGGACACAAGCGGCAGUUAUUCUUUCCCGGCGAUGCGGGAGCUUAGCAUCAAGCAUGCCAACGCGUUCGCGCUUGUGUACGCGGUGAACGACCUCGAGUCGUUUCGAGAAGUUGGACGGCUUCGUGAGGAGAUUCUCAUGCUGAAAAAGAACGCGCUCAUCACCGUCGUCGGCCACAAAGCAGACUUAACCGAAACGGAGGGUCGCGUGCUGUUCGCAGUAGACGUCAUGCCAUUGGUGGAGAAGAUAUGGGGCUCGAGCUUCGUAGAGGCGUCGUCACUCACCGGGAUCAACACGGUCGGUGUGUUUCUUGCUCUGCUACAACACGUCAACUUGCCACAAAGACUGAGUCCCUUCAUCUCCCAACGUAGAGUGAACACGCAGAGGCAGAACUUGAAAAGAAAACCAGCACUUAAGAAAAACAAAAGUUGUAUUUUGUCAUGAGUAUGGUCCGCUUGUAAGAUUCGUCCUCUAUUGGUUGGAUGGGCAUUGCUUCAUUUAAUUGACCUACAUCUUCAUCGGUAAUUGAGUUUAGGCCUAGGCCUACUGCAGAGUUUAAUCAAAACGGCCAUUAACAUGCACAUAAAUAGUGCAGCCACAAAGGCAAGCGUAAAGUCUUGUGGAUUGAGAAACAGACCGAGGCGUCGUGCAGGGUGUUCUGGCCUGAAGAGAACAGUUGUGGACAUGAUGAGCAGGACAGGUGCUAUAGGCCUAUUGGUUCCUGUUUGGGGGCCAAGUCCACUGGCCACAACUUUCCCUCAUUGUUUCGCCAAGGAAAUAACGUAUUACGUAUUAAGUAUUAUUUUCAGCAGCAUAGCCUUUAUACUUACGUGCAAUGCAAAUGGAAGAACAUAUAAUGAUGGAAGAACAUAUAAUGAUUCUGACCACACCUCGCCCCUCCACAAAAUAAAUAUUUUAAAUGGUAUAUUGUGGGACUUGUUAAUGAGUAUUGGUAGGCCUAUAUAUAUGCGUUUAGGUCAGAGCUGUGUAUAUAUUUUGGUAGGCCUAUCCUAUAUUAAAAAUAUUAAACAAGGAAAAAAAAAUGUAAAUCCCAUUGCGCUUCCCUGCUCUGCUGGUGGUGGAGUUAAAACCUGACGUACAGUUCUCACGUAACACAUGUUUGGUAUAUUUCAAAGUCUUUGCCAUGAUUACUGCACAAACCAAAACAAAGACAUAUCUUAUUAUAGUAACAUGGAUGAUGAUGUAUACAAUUAAUACUAAGAAUAUGGAUGCCUUAUAAUUAUAUGCAUGAUAAAUCAAAUGUGUAUAUUAAAUGAAGAGUAACAUAUGGAAGUUGAACUUAGUUUAGAGUCUUAUACUAGCCACACAAAACAUGCAGAAAAGUUACACAACAGAUUUUGAAUUAUAAAUAAAAUUGAGUAGAAUACAUUUUUAAAAAGUGCUUCAAAAGGUUGGGAAUGCAUUGUUUCCAAUGGGCCAAGCAUUUAAAAGCAAGUAUGCUGUUAAACCCACCCAUUCCUGAUCAACUGACCCUUACUGAACUGAAUCCAAUGGAAAAAGAUACACUCAAAACUCCUGCAGUGGGAAAAGGAGGAAACCUUGCAAAGAAACACACAACGAUCGCUCACUCCAGUAUGGGUGGGUGCAGAGAGAAUAUAGAAAUCUGGUGCCACCCCAAAAAUAGAAACAACAAACCAAGGGUCAGAUUGAUACACAUAGAGAGAGCAAGUGAGAGCAUGCGAGAGAGAGUGUGUGAGUGUGUGUGUGUGUGUGUGUGUGUGUGUGUGUGUGUGUGUGUGUGUGUGUGUGUGUGUGCGUGUGUGUGUGUGUGUGUGUGCGUGCGUGCGUGCGUGCGUGCGUGCGUGCGUGCGUGCGUGCGUGCGUGCGUGCGUGCGUGCGUGUGUGUGUGUGUGUUUGUGUGUGUGUGUAUUUGUUGAACGAGUCCUGCAAUCAUUUCAGCUGGAUAAGCAGUCUAGUGACAUAGUAGAUCAGCACUCUACCCCAUAGAAAUGAGAGUGAGUCCAUAGAGUCAGGGGCUCUUUCCAUCCCUCAGCACUUCUGCAGGUCUUCCAGCACUGUCCCUCCAAUUCACGGGUUCUCAAUUCACGGGUGUUGUUAUAUAUAUAUUUUAUUCAUUUAAUACGUGCAAAAGACAAUACAGUGCAAUACAGUACAUUACAGCCCUCUCCCGGAUUUGCCAAAGUGUUCUUUCGGACAGAGGUGGGGUUUGGUCGCUGUGAGGACCCUCUCCCAAGACCCACCCCCCGCAGAUUGAGAAUCUGUAAUAUGUUUAUGCUUUGUAUGUUUGUAUGUGGGGUGCCCUCGAACAGAUAGCAUGAGACAAAGAGGACAAGAUAGGGGUGCAACUACCGAUAACAAACAAUAAAAAUAUAUUCUGGUGUUGUAACAAUACAGUGGUAGUUUGACCUGUUUGGUCUAAGGAUCAAGGAACACUUGAUUGCAGAUUCAUGGUCAUUCUCCAAAUGCUCUGCUGCGUCCAUGGACACCAACAUACACCAAUAAAACACCAUUAAGCACAACAAUUGCUUUAUCCAUGGCUGAGGCCUGAGGGUCAAACAGUAUCAAGCCCAGUGCCCCUAAGGCUUACUUUGUAUAAGCUUUGGGGUGAAUUACCAGAGGAUAAAUAUAAAAUAAAAUAGAUUGCCUGGAAAUCUCAGUUGCGAACUUCACCAGCCCAAACACUGAUCACACAACACAAACUAUUUAAGUUAACGAACGUGACGACCCUUUCGCUAGUCUGCUGGUUCUCUCUGCUGGUAUACCUGUGCAAAGAGCCAGUGGGUGGAGUUGGCAGGGUUGUUGUCAGCUGAUGUGGUGCACGUGUGCAGGUUGAGCCUUGGUUAGUUUUAAUUGUGCAUUUUGAGGUAAGUUAUGUAAGGUUUUAUGUUGUGUUUACCUCCCCCAAGCACACUUUCGACUCAUCAAUUCAAUUUUUUAAUAAAUAUCUAACUUCAUUGUGGACUUCCGUCUUUCUUUUUCUUACAAAGCCUGGUCUUAAUGAAUAUAUUUUAAUUUAAGAACAACAAAAGCCAUAAAAACGCAAUGCUACUGACUGACAAUAAAACAUUAUUUAUAGUGAAAUUAUGAGUUUCGAGUCGACCUAGGCCGGGCAUCAGGGAUCCCACAGCACCCCCUAGUGAUGUUGAUAACUCUUGCAGCUGGAAGU